UCGGGGAAGCCGUACCGAUCCGAGCCGAUCGCUACUAUAGACUCGACCCUGCUGCUCGACAAGAAAAGAACCAUCCACCCGCACCCAGCACGUACCGUUGGAGGAGACCAGAGAGGAAGGAAGAGUUGCGGACGGAGCAGGAAGCUGAAAUCAAUACCCUGACCAGCCAUCGAUUGGUCCAGAGGGAGGAGCGAUGGAUGGAGAGGAAGGAGAAGGGCUAAGGCUGAGCAAGCGUUUCUCCGACAAGAACGGCAGCGGGGAGGUCGAUUACAAGACCAAGUCCGGCACCGCCUGGAGCCACUCAUACCUCAACCAGAAGCCAUGGCACCCUCUCUCUUACCCCAAUCAGCGCCGCAAGUGGAUAGCCGAGCAGCUGCACGCCCAGCGCGAUCGCCGUGCCGAAGAAAUCGCUCGGGAGUAUGCGCAAGAACAGGAGUUUUUCCGUCAGAGCGCUCUCGUCUCCAAGAAGGAGAAGGAGAAGGUAGAGAUGAUGAAAGCUGUUAGCUUUAUGUAUGUUCGCCCACCCGGUUAUAACCCUGAGAGUGCCAGGGCUGCGGAGAUUGCUGAUGAGAGGAAAAAGCAGGAGCAGGGAAACCCAUCCCAAAAUGAACCCUCCAGUUCAAAGGCACCUGAAUCUAUUACUGCAAAUCAACCAGCCGAGGUAAAGAAGAAGCCGAGGCCUAAGGAUGUUUUUGGACGUCCUCUGCCAACUGAAGAAGAGUUUGAAAUACUAAAAAAUGCUCCCAGGCUAGAUACUGGCAUUGCUGCGAGGGCGAAGCCCUUUGGUGUUGAGGUGCGUAACGUCAAAUGUGUAAGAUGUGGAAAUUAUGGUCACCAAAGCGGUGAUCGUGAAUGCCCACUGAAGGAUGUGAUAAUGCCCAAUGAGGAGAGCCGUAUAAAGAGGGAUGAUCCUUUGAAUGCAAUCUUGGCUCAGCAGGAUCCUUCUGAGCCACUGAAGUGGGAGCUGAAACAGAGACCUGGAAUGAGUCCUCCUCGAGGAGGGUUUGAUCCUGACGAUCCCAACCAGCAAAUAGUCGCUGAGGACAUAUUCGAUGAGUAUGGAGGCUUUCUUGGUGGUGAGAGCAUCAAUAUUCCUGAUCUUCUUACUAACUUCUCUGCAAGCAAACCAAAGAAAAGGAAGUCCUCAAAGAAAAGUAAGCACAGAGAGACAUCUCCGCCCUCUGAAAAUGAGAGGAGGAAGUCCGACAAACAAGACAAGAAGCACCACAAGAAAAGGUGGAGCGAUUCUGAGUCUGCUUCAUCUGAAGAUUCGGUGCCCAAAGCGAGGCAUCGGGAGAAGAGCAGGGGCAGGCGGUCUCAUUCAUCGGAAGAUUCUGACCCUGGUAGGCACCAUGGAGCUCAAAGGAAAAGGAAAACCAAUGCGAAUUCGAGUUCAUCAGAAGAUGAAGAUGAGAGCAAUAAUAGAAGUAAGAAGAGCAAGAAGAUGCAUUAUUUUUCAGAAUCAUCCGAAGAUGGUACAGAUAGGCAUGAUAGAACUCGCAGGAACAGGAAAACUGAUGCCUAUUUGGAAAAGGAGUAUGACUCAUAUGAGAGACACAGCAGAAGUAAGAAGAACAAGAAGAGACAUUCUUAUUCUAGUUCGUCCGAAGAUGACAUUGAUAGGCAGCACAUUCAUGGACACCGAAGGAGUAGUAGUAAAGAGAGGAGGUUGCAUAGAAAAUCUGAAAAUUUCGAUUCAGAUGAUCAUCGUAGAAGGAAAAGCCAUCGACGGCAUCACCAUUGAGAUUAAAUAUCAAAGAGGAGUGGGAUCUUCUUGUUUGAGUUUUCCUAUACUGUUACUCUCUUCCUGCUCUGUAUAGAUUUUCAUUUGAUCACCGUAGGCAAGGCGGAUAGAUUGUCGAGAAAUGUGGACCAAAAGAGUUGGUUUGUUGGGAGGGUGUUGGUGUGGACUGGUUGUGGAGGUCGGAAGGAGCUCAGAUAUAUGCAUCGAAUCUCAUGUAUCACUUAAGUCGUUAACAUCUGCAAGAGUGUCAGUUUGAUUCUUAAUGUUAGCAAUUACUCGGUAGAUGUUUCAAAAAUAA